AUGAGAGCGUUAUGGUCUCAAAUCCCUCGACCAAGAUUGAGCGGCUCUCCCUCUUUCUCGUCAACUGAUUCAAUCGCUUCUGCACUGAUUCGGAAAACCACCACGGCACCCUUGAGAAGACGCCCGACCUUCAACGAUGCCUUUACAAUUUUGUUAGCGCCGGUCCUUGCCGCCGCCCUCAUCGUGGAUACGAGUUGGAAGGCGAAGCAGCGGAGAGACUGGGAUGAGAAGCUUGAAACCAUCAAAGAAGAGAUAGACGAACUCAAGCAACGGGAGAUGCAGGCAUGGCGGUCACUUCAGCUACGGUCCAUUGGAAGCGCGAUAUCCCAGCAGAGGAGAGGCUAUGCAACGGCCGUCCACGUGCAAGAACCACAGGAAGAGACGGAAUUUGAUAUUGACAUGCCGAUGUGGGAGGAUCGAGAAACCAGCCCGUUAAGCCACAAGGAGUCCUCCAAAGAUGUGACAAACCCCAGCGGUGCACAACAGAAGUCAAAACUAUCCGAAGAGCGCAUGUACUCACCCGAAGACAUGGCCAACUUCCACCGGUAUCAUCGCCUGAAUGCGAUAAUGCUCGCCAUCAAGAUGCUUCUUCACCUCCGAAUUGGACCAAGUCCGUUCUUUGAAAUGUUCCCGGAUGACGAUGGGUUAGACAGGACAGAUCUGCAGUUCCCUCAAGAUACCAACCAACUGGUCGACUUGUUGAAAAUGACGCGCAAAGAGAUCCGACCUCUCAAGAAAUGGGACGAUCUCUUCAUUGUUGCGCCACAGAUCGAAGCGCAGGCCAAAAAGGGAGCUCUCACCAAGGACAUAAGGAAGCUGACGCACAGUUUCGACGAAGGCAAAAUCCCACUGACAGACCUGAUCGAUGGAUUUGGAAAGGCACUCAUGCAGUCAGACGAGAUUCCUUCCGUUUGGGCCUAUACUGGACUCAUUCGAAGCCUUUCCAAAAUCGGAAGUUUCAGUCUGGCUUACCAUGUGACGGCUGCGCUGAAGAACAGCACUCUCCCUCUGUCGGAUGAUGCCAUUUUCCAUAUGAUCUUCCAAAUUGGCAAGGCAUGCGACUCGCGGUCACUGAACCAUAUUCUGCAAGUCAUUGCAAGAUCAGACAGGCAGAUGAAUUUAGAGACCAAGUGGGAGAAGGUCUACGCCAACGGAUUGGAUCUCCCGGUCCCAGUGUCGUUACACCCAGGCAUCCUGCAGGUCUUGAUCUAUGCCGCUCUCCGAUGCGAACAGCCAGAGCGAGCCGAAGGCUGGUUGACAUUGCUGCAGGAGGCCGACUACAGCACCAUGUGGAAGGACCAUCUGUUCAGAAGCUUUCUCUCGUACUACAGCUCGCACACCAACUGGGACCGAGGGAAGAUCUGGCUCCGGCGGUCAGUUCAACACGCGUUGUCCAUUGCGACCCAAAACAUGGACGGCCUCGCCCGGGUAAUAUUUCGAAUGCUGGAUCUGUGUGUGCGGUGCCGCAGACUCCCCGAGUAUACCAUGAUCCUCGAUGCGGCAGUCAACGCAGGCAUCACACCACCGAUCGUCGCGAAGAACCGCAACAAUCGGAAACCAUUUCAUGCCCGAGGUCGUAGCAUUCUACUCGAGUGGGAGUCACUGCCAUUUCCAGACGAUGCAAACUCAUUGUCGACCGAGGAGAAAGUGCGAAGAUUUCAAGCAUCGUGUAGACCUCUGAUGGAGGAGAAACCCGGCCAGACCAAUGAGAUCAAAAGACCUUCUCAAGUCGACGACAGCAGUGAACUGGUCCUCAUGCCUGCAACGACGCACUUCCUGCGUUAUUCUGUGCGCCGGAAGCCUAAAGAAGAGCCCGGCAACGCAACGCAGACCCAGACCCAGUUCAGCGACGCCAGUCUCAACGAUAUCAUCAAUCUCCAAGGGAAGAUCGCAACACAGGAUGCUGCCAUUGCCACGCUCAAGGGACAAUUGGCCAUUGCAGAACAGAAGCAGGCCACUUCUCAGCAGCAGGAACAAGAAAGGAUGGCAAGGGAGGAAGAGUUGCAGAAGACCUCCGCCGAGUUGCAGGCUGCUCUGCGGGAAUCAAAGGCCGCGCUGGUACAGUUACAAUCCCAGAACCAGACCUACGCGAAGGAGCACGCCGAGCUUCGCGAGGAGAUAUCCGAUCUGAAAGAGAUGGCUCGACGACUGAUGCAGCAACAGCAGUUGGCAAACGCCGUUCAACGCAGCAUGCAGUCGCAGCUUCAGGAAACCGGUGCCGCAGCGCCCGCGGCACCGGCAUCAAAAUUGUCGUCCGGUCCAACCGCGCCGCCGGAGGAUGCGAAACUCGCAUCUUCUGAAGUCCACGCCCCAGUGGCGAGGCUACCUGCAGGCGAUGCGGUGUCGAAGAAGAAGAGCGGAGCCGCCCCGGGCAAGUCCCUCUACAAUGUCAAGACUCAACCAGUGCAAGUCGGAACGGAUGACGUCGACGUGAAGAUUCGAAUGCACGGCUGUCGCGAGCCGUUCUAUCCUCCCCGUGCGAAGGGAUGGCAUCGAGUCGAUUUUCGGACAUGA